CUCCCCACACGUCAUUAUUCCCAAGCUUUCUUUCCUUUCUCUCAAUAAACAUCCCUACCCACCCCUUCGAACAACAAGAAAUGGUAUGCCAGCAUUUCUCGCACCUCACAAGUCAGGUGCACAUCGUGUGACUGCAAUAGCUCUCUAUCGCGCCCUCAUCACAAAAUGUCGCAAUGCUCCUGAACCACUAAAAUCUGCAGUUCUAGCAGCGGUAGUGAGGAACAAGUUCAAGCAGAAUAGACAUGUCACGAGUAUCAAUGCUUUGAGAGUUGCUUUCGAGGGUGGCUAUGAGGCGCUAGAUCAUCUAAAUGCCGCAAUAAAAGGAGAUGAGAGGGAGGUAGACUAUCUCUCUACUUUACUCUCUCGUCUUCCUGCUUGGAUGAAAGCUAUACCACAAAACCCCACUCCUCCUCCUCCUCCCCCUCCACCGACUGCACAAACCUCACCACCACAAGACGAAACUCAAAAACCUCCAACUAAGCGAUGUCUACUCCAUCGUCCCCGUCCCCUCUUCUCCCUCCCCUCUCGUCGCCGUAUCCCAACCUUAGUCUCGGCAAACAAAAUCCCCAUCCUCCGUCUCAAAAAACCUCAAUCGGCCUCCUUGUCAAAAUACCUAAAAUCCCGCAUCCUAGACCGUCAGAAACGUUUAGAUCGUAAAACUCUACUCGAAUCAGCCAUGGAAGUUGCAAGAGGGGAGGAUGAAUGGGAUAGGAUAUUACUUGCACAAGGGGUUGAUGUUGGUCAGGGAAAGCAAGGUAAAGGUGGACAUGGAAAACAAAAAGGCAGAGAAGAACCAUGGACGAAGAAUGUUUACGAGGCGUUGGGGAAUGUAUAUAACAAGAUCGAGGAGGAAGGGAGGAGGAAUAAAGAAAUGGCGGAGAAGAUGGUGGGGAUUAUUGAAAAGGAAAAGGAAUUUGCAGAGGUGGAGAGGAGAGAGAGACGGAGGGUUGGGAAUGAAGAGAGAAGAAGACGGAAAGCUGAGAAGGAUGGGAAAGUGGGAGAGGAUGGGAUGGUAUGAAUGCAUGCAGAAGUUGGAUCACGACACUUUGAGGAGGAGGCAAGAUAUGAUGUGCUAUGAUGGGAACUUUGUAUGGUUCUCUUGGAAUUGUAGAAGUGUAUCUACUUUGCUGCCAUUCUUGCGUGUGAGUCCUGCUCUGCACUGCGAGACCCUCAAACCUGUGCCUUGUUGGUUGAAGGUGGGUGCAGGCGGCGACUUUCUGGAUGAGGUGCCGUCUCUUCGUCAUCCUCGCCAUAUCCCGUGAACCAUCAUCUCGUCGUCUCGUAAUCUUCAUCUUCUGUCAUCGUUGCCUCGCCUUGUCAUUGAUCACGCCUCUUUGCUAGCAUGAUCAG